AUGAGUUUUGGUUUCUCGGCAAUAACAGAAAAGAAAAAUGUUUUGUUCAUAAUGGGUGCAACUGGAACUGGAAAAACAAAACUUUCUAUUAACAUAGGUAUUCAAUUUCCUUCGGAAAUCAUUAACUCGGACAAAAUUCAAGUCUAUAAGGGUCUUGACAUUGUUACCAAUAAAAUACCAGAAUCCGAGCAAUGUUCGAUUCCGCAUCACAUGUUAGGCAUCAUAGAUGAUCCUGAUUAUGAUUUCACUGUGAAUGAUUUCUGCAAGAAAAUGCUUGAAACCCUAGAUGUCAUUAUUGAAAAUGGACGUCUACCCAUUAUUGUAGGUGGUUCAAAUUCUUACCUACAAGUUCUAGUAGAUGACCCAAUCUAUGAGUUUCGUUUAAAAUAUAAUUGUUGUUUCAUUUGGGUGGAUGUAGCUUUGUCUAUUUUGUUUUCUUAUUUAGACAUGAGAGUUGAUGAAAUGGUUAAGGCUGGUCUUAUUGAUGAAAUUAGAGACUUUUUUGUACCUGAAGCAAAUUGCACAAUGGGGAUUAGAAGGGCAAUUGGUGUUCCUGAGCUUCAACGUUAUUUUGAGAUAGAAAAUGCUGAAGAUAUUGAUGAUGGUCAUAAAGAAAAGAUACUUAAAGAAGCUAUUACAGAAAUGAAAGAAAACACAUGCAAAUUGGCUGAAAAUCAACUCUUAAAGAUUGUUAUGAUGGAUAAUACGCUUGGGUGGAACAUGCACAAAAUUGAUUCUACUAAGGUCUUUGAAGCUGUUUUAAAGGGAGAAGAUUAUCAACAUUUGCAUCAAGAAAUUGUGAUUGAGCCAAGCAUUGAGAUAGUGAAGAGAUUUUUAGAGGAGAAAACUCAUUAA